AUAAUAUCUUUUCAUGAAAUUUAUGAAUAAAAAAAACUGUGUAUCACACGGGCUUUUAUCUAGUGUAUAUAUUCAACCAAGCUUGCUUAUUGGUGGAGUUGGUGCAAAACCCACUUGUGAUUUUGAAGUCACAAAUUUAAGUCUCACCAACUACAUUUGCUUGGAAGUACGUAAGAGCUCUCUGCUCUCAAACAUUAACUUGCUUAUUUGGGUUUACUUAGUCUAUAAAAGUCUAAGAAAUGCUGAUUCAAUAAAGUCAUUCAUCCUAUCAACCAACCAAAAAAAAAAAAAAAAAAAAAAAUGGGGGAAAAAAGAAAUAUUGAAAAAAAUUUCAAUGUGAAUCAACUCGUUUUUAAUGAUUCAAGGUUUUUUCUUGGAACGGUACAUUUGUGACAGUCACAGAGUAAUAAAGACGUCAUUACUAUAUUAAAUUAAUUUUUGCAAAAUGUCACCAAAUCUCCCAUCACUUCACCAAUCUCUUCUCUUCUUUGGAGUCUCCGAAAAAUUGAUUUUCCUGUCAAUAGUUCACCAACAGUAUUUCCUCCUCAUAUUUAUUUCUUCUAAUAAAACCUCCUAAUUUCUCUGUCAAUGGGCAUAAAUUACUCCCAAAUUAUCAUCUUUCACAUUUUUCCCAGCUAAAGAUCUCUCCUUUUCAAUCUCUAUUUCUCACUCCUCUUUUAAGAACAACAAAUGGCGGCUUCUUAUGCUUUUCUUUCACCUUCUGUACCUUCUUCAACUCUCAACAACAGAAUUUCUCCAUCUUUAAGCUUAAAUGGAUCUGGGUUUUGUUCCUAUUUGGGUAUCAGCAAAAGGGUUUUUUGUUCUUCCAUUGAAGGUGCUGAGAAACAUGCUGCUGCUGGUGUUUCUUCCACUGAAUCAAGGGCUUCUAGGCUGAUAAAUAGGGGUUGUAAGCUUGUGGGUUGUGGUUCUGCUGUACCCAAGCUGCAGAUCUCUAAUGAUGACCUUUCUAAAAUUGUCGAAACUUCGGAUGAAUGGAUAUCUACUCGAACUGGAAUUCGUAAUCGACAUGUCCUUUCAGGUGAGGAUAGUUUGGUGGGCUUGGCCACCGAAGCAGCAAGGAAUGCUCUUCAGAUGGCCAAUGUUGAGCCUGAUGAUAUUGAUCUUGUCUUGAUGUGCACCUCUACACCCGAGGACCUCUUUGGCAGUGCUCCUCAGAUACAGAGAGCAUUGGGAUGCACCCGAAGUCCUUUGUCUUAUGAUAUUACUGCAGCUUGCAGUGGAUUUCUGAUGGGUUUGGUAUCAGCUGCCUGUCACGUAAGGGGUGGUGGAUUUCAGAAUGUGUUAGUUAUAGGUGCUGAUGCUCUUUCUCGUUUUGUUGACUGGACUGAUAGAGGGACCUGCAUACUUUUUGGUGAUGCUGCUGGUGCUGUAGUAGUGCAGGCCUGUAACAGUGAAGAAGACGGCAUGUUUGCUUUUGAUCUGCACAGUGACGGCGAUGGUGCAAGGCAUUUAAAUUUAUCCCUGGGACAUGAUAAAAUCGAUGCAGCAAUAGGUAGCAACGGUGCUGUGACAGGUUUUCCCCCAAGGCGCCAAUCUUAUUCAUGUAUCAAUAUGAAUGGAAAAGAGGUCUUUCGCUUUGCUGUUAAAUGUGUGCCCCAGUCAAUUGAGGCUGCACUUCAGAAGGCUGGUCUAAAUGGUUCCAAUAUUGAUUGGUUACUAUUGCAUCAGGCAAACCAGAGGAUCAUUGAUGCUGUUGCAACACGUUUGAAGGUUCCUCCAGAGCAAGUUUUGUCUAAUUUGGCAAAUUAUGGUAACACCAGUGCUGCAUCAAUCCCCUUGGCAUUGGAUGAAGCCGUUCGCAGUGGAAAAGUUCAGCCGGGACAUAUCAUUGCUGCAUCCGGAUUUGGUGCUGGUCUUACUUGGGGUUCGUCCAUUAUUAGAUGGGGUUAGAGAACAAAGACUUUGCGAAAUCAUCUUAAUGCUAAAGAUGAAGGGGUUUGGGGGAAGACCAGAGAAAUGUUGUUCGUCACUUUGAGUUCAUACUUGAAGAAUUAGUUCCCUCUGGUUGUUAUAGAUGACUGAGGAGCUGCAGCUUCUAUGAAUUCAAAAAGCUCCAUCAAAGAGGCCCCCUUCAUGUGUUCAUCACCUGAAAAAGCUCGAUUUAUUUCUUAUUUCUACAUUAGAUGUAUUUAUUUUCACUUAGAAAAAUAAAAGUUCCUGAGCUGUUAUUCACAUUUUUCUUUUUUCACUCAGUCAGCGUUUAGCAGAGCUAGGAUUUUUUGUCAGUAGAGUGAUUUAAACAAUAGCUUCUCUAGGCUUGUUUUCCGUAUUUGUUAAACUUGUAUGUUGAACGAUUGUUAAGUACUUCAUCUUCAUUAAACAAGCCAUUGCCAUUACUGAUUUUCCUAA